GUCAUCUGCCACAACAAAACAUUCAGCUGACUGCCAAUCCGCGGACAGGCUGUUGUAGUAAUUACACGAGGGUCUUCAGACAGGGACGAAAUAUUUACAUUUAAACACGAAACUUCAAUUCGAUCAAGAACCUGCCUGAGUAACGCACUGACCCGGACUAAAGGCAGUGUAGGGUGAAGUCGGGGAGACAGAUAGGAAAAAAACAAAGAUGGCUGUGUAGCCAAAGAGACGGGUCCCAACACAAGUGUCUCCGUUUAAUCACCGACAGCCAAAGGUUGUUGGUCCCGGAGACCCAGGCAGCCAGGACCGGAGCAGGGGCGUAGGUGAGCAGCGGAGCUGGGCCGUGGAUGCACGUCUUUGUAAUCUGCUGUCAUUGCGAAUAACGGCGUCGAGGCACAUCAAGCCGAGUUGUUUUUGUUCUGCAAAGGGGAGGACUGCUCUGUUUGUCAACGCAGCUAGCCACAUAGUCUGCUAGCCGCACUUUGCGACAGGUCCGUCACAGACUUUUAGACAGUAUUCGCCAUGUCGUCGCUGGAGGAGAGAGAUGUGGGUGUUGUGGCCGCCCCUAGCUCCUCCUCAGCCGGACUGGGGGUCGUGGGGGCAGCGGUGGAGGCCGUAGCCGGGGUGGCAGCCAUGCAGGAAGAGAUCGGAUCUAGGAGAGAGGGGCCCGAGCCUGACCCUGACGAGCCGCCCAAGAAGAAGGCCAAAGCGCCCGAAGGAGAGGCAGGGAAGCUGGAGGAGAGACUGUACUCAGUGCUAUGCUGCACCGUGUGCCUAGAUUUGCCCAAGGCCUCUGUUUACCAGUGCACAAAUGGGCACCUGAUGUGUGCAGGCUGUUUCAUUCACCUUUUGGCAGAUUCUCGUCUAAAGGAAGAACAGGCCACCUGUCCCAACUGCCGGUGUGAGAUCAGCAAGAACCUGUGCUGCAGGAACUUGGCUGUGGAGAAAGCUGUCAGUGAGCUGCCGACAGAAUGCACCUUCUGCCUCAAACAAUUCCCCCGCUCCAGUUUAGAAAGGCACCAGAAGGAGGAGUGUCAAGACAGGGUGACACAGUGCAAGUACAAGAGGAUUGGCUGCCCUUGGCAAGGUCCUUUUCAUGAGUUGCCAGCACACGAGAGUGAGUGCUCCCAUCCCACUAAGACUGGAACAGAGCUCAUGGGAAUCCUGGGAGAAAUGGACCAGAACCACCGCAGAGACAUGCAGCUAUACAACAGCAUCUUCAGCCUGCUGUGCUAUGAGAAAAUUGGGUUUACAGAGGUACAAUUCAGGCCGUACCGCACAGAUGACUUCAUCACUCGCCUAUAUUAUGAAACGCCACGCUUCACUGUCCUCAACCAGACCUGGGUACUGAAGGCCCGCGUCAAUGACUCUGAGCGUAACCCCAACCUGUCCUGCAAGCGCACGCUCUCUUUCCAGCUUAUCCUCAAAAGCAAGGUGAACUCUGCCCUGGAGUGCUCCUUCUUGUUGCUGAAGGGUCCUUAUGAUGAUGUGCGGAUCAAACCUGUCAUUCACCACCACUGUUUCAGCAAUGACGCCAAUGAGACAGAAUACGUCCUCCUGCCCAUCUCCGACUCAGUGGAGUGCAACAAACUGCUGGCAGCCAAAAACAUAAACUUGCGCCUCUUCAUCUUCCAAGUCCAAAAAUAAAUGUGUGAUUGAAGAAAAGAAGUAGGAGGAGGAAGAUUUGUUUAAGGCAACAAGGAAAGUGUUGAAAAGGAUAGAAAGAUGCCACUGAACCACUUAAUACCUCUUAACACCUACAUAAAUACACGCAUUGUACACACGCUUUCAUAUCUACAAAUGCACACCACUAAUUUACACUUACCUCUUUGGUAGUGAGACCCCAUGCUUUUGGGGGAGCUGUGAUGAUAUGCUACAGAGAUGACUGGGCAUUGAUAUGAGUGAUGUGGGUCAAAAUAUAACAAUAUAAGGCUCAGGUGAGGGGCUCUUUGGGGCAAGAGAAUGAUGUUUUUUUCCUGGGGUUGUUGAUGGUUGGUGUGCACCUGUUUGAAACCACAGCCAAAGGUAGCACUCGCCGACCAAAGCAGGAUUUUUGCCUUGUGCACAUGCCUCUCAUAUGUGACACUGAAACAAAAAACUCUGCUUAUGUUCAGAUGUCCCAAAGACGAUGGUGAAAAACUGGAGUGAUCAAGCUGUGUUUUGGACAUGUGAAUGUACUGUGUGUCUGUGUCCUUUUGCUUUUUCACUCAAAUCACUUCCCUGUUUUUAAAACCACCUCUUACUCUGUUGUUGCCAAAGCGUCCCAAAUCAGACUUUGUCAAAACAGAUCUUGCCCUGUCUCAACUCACCCUCGACUUCAUUUUCGAGAGGAGAGAUAGCCUGGAUGCUUCCAUAUUUAAUUUUUUUAUUUCUUUUUAGCUAUGGUUUUAUUUAACCUCUACACUAAUGCUGUUUUAUUUCACUAAACCCUUUGUAUUUAAGUACCUGUGAAGAUUGUUUCCUUUUAGUUUGGUUUUUAACGUGUGGCUUGCAGACUGUUUGUGUGAGAAAAAAAAAAAAGAUCUUUACUGUGAGAUUUUCAUUUGGAACAGUACAAUCCCUCAGUUUAGGGAGCUAACAACAUAAAAACUGUGACCAUGGUAUCCACUGGCCAGCACAGUGGCCCUCUGGACUCAAAAGCAUUUUUUUGUAGAAGAUCUGGUGUGCAUGUCUGUGUGUAUGGCAGAUAUGGUGGGUAAAGAUUAUAGUGUUAGAUUUACUUGAACAAGAAAAAGAAGUUGUUACUUAAAUAGAUGAUACUGUAAUGCAGACUGAUCUCUCUCCUCCUGACCUCUUCUUUUACUUCUGUGUUUUAAUGCUUUGUCUCUAUGCCAGUGGACUCACUCAUCUCACUAUGGCUGUACAUGUGCCUUUUAUUAAAGAUCAUGGAACCUGCA